AUGGGACGAGUAUCAUCGCCGAUGACAGGAAUGCCCCAAAUGCCUGUUCAAGGAAAAGUAUGGAGCCCAGGAACAGGGUACCAACAAGCCAGUCCAUCUCCACGAGGUCGAGGGGGUGCUCAGUGGAGUGGAAGAGGUGGAGGUCCUGGAGGUGUUUCGCCAUUCCAAAAACGAACCAGUCAUAUGGGAGAGAACUCUCCUCGUAUGGUAUCUCCUACAGUGAAUAUAAACUUCGUUAGUCCUCCACCGAGAAUGAAUCCGCCUCCUGUCAGCAAGGUUGAACAGAUGAGCAGUGACAGCAGUUCAAGUUCCAGCAGCGACGAUGAAAGUCCGAAAUAG